AUGGUAAUUUUCAAAUUAUACACAUUUAAAACUCACCAUAACCGAAUAGUAAAACUCACCGAAGCAAUUUAUGAACCUUUAGAUUUUUUACAUCAAUCAUCAGAUGUACGAAUUAAGAAAAUCUUGAAAAGAACAGCAUUUUAUGAAAAUCUCACAGACAAAUUUUCAGAAAUACUUGCAAUUAUGUUUGAUUUUGCUCUAAUAUCAUCCUUAAUAAUUAAUUCUGGAAGUCUACCUGUGAGAGGAGCGUUUCCUUUUGACACUUCAAUACUGCCAUUUUAUGCAUUAGCAGUAACUAUUCAAAUUGGAACAGCAUGUAUCACAUUGACAUCAGUGAGUAAUUCAAUAACGCACGGUUUAUGGUCAUCUAGUUGGGAAAAAAGUCUUUCUUCAAAUGUUAAAUCAAUUAUGAUAAUGACAAUGACUCUUGCAAAAAAUCAACUUCAAAUAAAUGCUGGAAAAUUUUUCGUUAUGUCUUUAGAAACUUUCAUUACCGUGAUACGAACUGCAUAUUCAUUCUUCGUUCUACUCUCAUCUCUGAAUACAGAUUGA